AUGGUAUCUCUGUCCAGCAAAUGGUCACUUAGAACCAUGUCAUUUCUACCUUCCUCACUGCUGAUCCUCUUAAUUGUGUCAACUCCUUCCUGGUGUCAGAGUAGUGGCACUAUGCCUCCAAAAACGAGUGAUGGGACCCUGUUUCCUUGGGAUAAGAUGAGACUUCCUGAGCACAUCAUCCCAGUUCACUAUGAUCUCCUGAUCCAUGCCAAUCUCACCACGCUGACCUUCAAGGGGACCACGGCAAUCAGCAUCACAGCCAGCCAGCCCACCAGUGCCAUCAUCCUGCAUAGUCAGCACCUGCAGAUUCUGAAAGCCACCCUCAGGAAGGGAGCUGGAGAGAUGCCCUCUGAAGAUCUGCUGCGAGUCCUGGAAUACCCACCUCGUGAGCAAAUCGCACUUCUGGCUCCCACACCUCUGGAGGUUGGGCUCCCGUACACAGUUGUCCUUGAUUAUGCUGGCAAUCUUUCUGAGAGCUUCCACGGAUUUUAUAAAAGCACCUACAGAACCAAGGAAGGGGAAGUGAGGAUUCUCGCAUCAACACAGUUUGAACCUACUGCAGCCAGAAUGGCCUUUCCCUGCUUCGACGAACCUGCCUUCAAAGCGAGUUUUUCCAUCAGGAUCAGAAGGGAGCCGAGGCACCUCGCCAUCUCCAAUAUGCCCCUGGUUAAGUCGGAGACUAUUGCUGAAGGACUCAUAGAAGACCAUUUUGAUGUCACUGUCAAGAUGAGCACCUAUCUCGUGGCCUUCAUUAUUUCGGACUUUAAGUCUGUCAGCAAGAUGACCAAGAGCGGAGUCAAGGUGUCCGUGUAUGCCGUGCCAGACAAGAUCAAUCAGGCAGACUAUGCACUGGAUGCUGCAGUGACUCUUCUGGAAUUUUAUGAGGAUUAUUUUAGCAUUCCGUAUCCCUUACCCAAACAAGAUCUUGCUGCUAUUCCUGACUUUCAGUCUGGUGCUAUGGAAAACUGGGGACUGACCACAUAUCGGGAGUCUGCUCUCUUGUUUGAUGUGGAAAAGGCUUCUGCAUCAAGCAAGCUUGGCAUCACGAUGACCGUGUCCCAUGAGCUCGCCCACCAGUGGUUUGGGAACCUGGUCACUAUGGAAUGGUGGAAUGAUCUAUGGCUCAAUGAGGGAUUUGCCAAGUUUAUGGAGUUUGUGUCUGUCAGUGUGACUCAUCCAGAACUGAAAGUUGAAGAUUAUUUUCUUGGCAAGUGUUUUGAUGCAAUGGAGGUAGACGCAUUGAAUUCCUCACAUCCUGUGUCCACACCCGUGGAGAAUCCUGCUCAGAUUCGGGAGAUGUUUGAUGAGGUUUCUUAUGAUAAGGGAUCUUGUAUUCUGAAUAUGCUAAGAGAUUAUAUUAGUGCUGAUACAUUUAAACGUGGUAUUGUACAUUAUCUCCAGACGUAUAGUUAUAAAAACACAAAAAACGAGGACCUGUGGAACAGUAUGGCAAGCAUUUGCCCUACAGACGGCUCACAAAGGAUGGAGGGCUUUUGCUCUCGGGGUCAACCUUCAUCUUCAUCCUCACACUGGCAACAGGAAGGCCUUGAUGUGAAAACCAUGAUGAACACUUGGACGCUGCAGAAGGGCUUUCCCCUGAUCACCGUCACCAUGAGAGGGAGGAACGUCCACCUGAAGCAGGAGCACUACAUGAAAGGCUCUGAGGGCAGCCCCGAAUCUGGGUUCCUGUGGCAUGUUCCUUUGACAUUCAUCACCAGCAAAUCAGAAUCGACCCAGAAAUUUUUGCUGAAGACAAAAACAGAUGUGCUCAUCCUCCCAGAAGAGGUGGAAUGGAUCAAAUUUAACGUGGGAAUGAAUGGCUAUUACAUUGUGCAUUAUGAGGAUGAUGGAUGGGAUUCUUUGACGGGCCUUUUACAAGGAACCCACACAGCAAUCAGCAGUAAUGAUCGGGCCAGUCUCAUUAACAAUGCAUUUCAGCUUGUCAGUAUUGGAAAGCUACCGAUCGAAAAAGCCUUGGAUUUAACCCUAUAUUUGAAACAUGAAACAGAAAUUAUGCCUGUGUUCCAAGGUUUGAAUGAGCUGAUACCUAUGUAUAAGUUAAUGGAGAAAAGAGAUAUGAAUGAAGUGGAAAUUCAAUUCAAGGGCUUUCUCAUCAGGCUGCUGAGGGGCCUCAUUGACAAGCAGACAUGGACUGACGAGGGCUCUGUCUCAGAGCGAAUGCUGCGGAGCCAGCUCCUGCUCCUCGCCUGUGUGCGCAAGUAUCAGCCCUGCGUGCAGAGGGCAGAAGGCUACUUCAGAGCAUGGAAGGAAUCUGAUGGAGAUUUGAGGCUGCCCAAUGAUGUGACGAUGGCAGUGUUUGCUGUGGGGGCCCAGACCACUGAAGGAUGGGAUUUUCUCUAUCGUAAAUAUCAGUCUUCUCUGUCCAGUACCGAGAAAAACCAAAUUGAAUUUGCCCUCUGUAUUAGCCAAGACAAGGAAAAGCUCCAGUGGUUACUAGACCAAAGUUUUAAGGGAGAUGUAAUAAAAACUCAAGAGUUUCCAGCUAUUCUUCGCUCUGUUGGCAGAAACCCAGUGGGAUAUCCACUGGCCUGGCAGUUUCUGAAGGACAAUUGGAAUAAACUUAUACAAAAGUUUGACCUUGGCUCUUCUUCCAUAGCCUACAUGGUGAUGGGAACAACAAAUCAGUUCUCUACAAGAGCACGGCUUGAAGAGGUAAAAGGAUUCUUCAGCUCUUUGAAAGAAAAUGGUUCUCAGCUCCGUUGCGUCCAACAAACAAUUGAAACCAUCGAGGAAAACAUACGUUGGAUGGAUAAGAAUUUUGAUAAAAUCAGAGUGUGGCUCCAAAACCAAAAUCUUGAACUGCUCUAA